GUCCUGCUGGGGACUUGCAUCUGGCCUCAAUGUGAAAUUAAGGUAGAAAAACACAUCUACAUAUGUGUUUGCUAUUAGGAUUUAGUUUAUUCACUGGUCAUGCCUGAAGAGUGAUGUUCGUCUCUAGACGGCUAACUGCCAGGAAAUAUAAAUGAUUGUCCUAGAAGUCAAGCCUCCCUCCUAUUUACUGGAGUGAAAAUCACCUCCAGAUACCGACGGAAUAUCAACUGCAGAAAAUGCUUCACGUUAUAAGGAUGCCAACCACCUAGAUUCAUGCGCCCUAUCUGUACAGUUGUUGUGGAUGGUUUGCCAUCUGAAAGCUCCUCAAGCUCUUAUCCAGGCCCUGUAUCUGUUUCUGAAAUGUCUCUGCUACAUGCUUUGGGCCCAGUGCAGACCUGGCUGGGACAAGAGCUAGAGAAGUGUGGCAUUGAUGCCAUGAUUUAUACUCGGUAUGUCCUCAGUCUUCUGCUGCAUGAUAGCUAUGACUACGACCUGCAGGAACAGGAGAAUGACAUCUUCCUGGGCUGGGAAAAGGGAGCUUACAAAAAAUGGGGAAAAAAGUGCUCUGAUCUAACACUAGAGGAAAUGAAAAAACAGGCUGCUGUCCAGUGUCUUCGCUCUGCUUCUGAUGAAAGCUCUGGGAUUGAAACUUUAGUGGAGGAGCUUUGCUCCAGAUUGAAAGACCUUCAGAGUAAGCAAGAGGAGAAGAUUCACAAGAAGUUAGAAGGCUCGUUGUCUCCUGAGACUGAUUUAUCUCCCACAGCAAAGGAUCAAGUAGAAAUGUACUAUGAAGCAUUUCCUCCUCUUUCUGAAAAGCCAGUUUGCCUGCAGGAAAUCAUGACUGUAUGGAAUAAAUCCAAAGUAUGCUCUUACUCUAGCUCCUCAUCUUCAUCCACUGCUCCACCAACGAGCACAGAUACAUCUUCUCCAAAGGACUGCAAUAGUGAAAGUGAAAUAACUAAAGAGAGAAGUAAUAAAGUAUCUGCCACUGUACAUGAAAGAAGCCAGCAGAAGAAAAGUAAAAAUGAAAAAGAAAACAAGUUUAGUAACAGCACUGUUGAAGAUAAGCCUGUUUUGUACAAAAAGCAAGUGCGACAUAAGUCUGAGGGAAAGAUGCGUCCUCGCUCCUGGUCAUCUGGUUCUAGUGAGGCUGGUUCGAGUUCUAGUGGCAAUCAAGGUGAAUACAAGGCAUCGAUGAAAAGCAUUAAAGUGAGACACAAAACAAGAGAGGUUCGAAAUAAAAAAGGGCGUAAUGGGCAAAGCAGGCUAUCGGUGAAAUCUGUUGAAAAAGCUGAGAGAAAAAUCCACAGUGGAAGCAGCAGCAGCAGCAGCAGCAGUGGGUCCAUCAAACAGCUCUGCAAAAGAGGUAAAAGGCCAUUGAAAGAAAUUGGAAGGAAAGAAGCAGGCGGUAACGACGGAAAAGAUCUGUAUUUAGACAGCAGAAAUGAGAAGGAGUACAAAGAAGAACCCUUGUGGUAUACUGAGCCGAUUACAGAGUACUUUGUUCCUCUUAGCAGAAAAAGCAAGCUUGAAACUACGUACCGCAACCGAGAAGAUAUAUGUGGUGUAACACCAGAAGCUGUAGACGAGUUGUCUGAAUCAGUGCAUGGUCUUUGUAUUAGCAACAAUAAUAUUCAUAAAACAUACCUCGCAGCAGGUACUUUCAUCGAUGGUCACUUUGUAGAAAUGCCUGCAGUUCUAAAUGAGGAUAUUGACCUCGCUGGGACCUCAAUAUGUUCUCAACCGGAGGACGACAAAUAUUUAGAUGAUGUUCAUCUGUCAGAAUUAACACACUUCUACGAAGUGGAUAUUGAUCAAUCCAUGUUGGAUCCUGGUGCCUCAGAAACGAUGCAAGGGGAGAGUCGGAUUUUAAAUAUGAUUCGACAAAAGAGUAAAGAAAAAAGUGAUUUUGAGGCAGAAUGUUGCAUAGUGUUAGAUGGAAUGGAGUUGCAAGGGGAAAGUGCAAUAUGGACAGAUUCAACCAGCUCUGUUGGUGCUGAAGGGUGGUUCUUGCAAGAUCUUAGUAAUUUAGCUCAAUUUUGGGAGUGCUGUUCAUCUUCUAGUUCUGGUGAUGCAGAUGGGGAAAGUUUUGGAGGAGAUUCUCCUAUUAGAUUCUCCCCCAUCUUAGACAGCACAAUGCUUAAUUCACACAUGCUUGCUGGCAAUCAAGAGCUCUUUUCAGAUAUUAAUGAAGGGUCUGGUAUAAACUCUUGUUUUUCAGUGUUUGAAGUGCAAUGCAGUAACUCUGUUUUACCAUUUUCUUUUGAAACACUCAAUUUGGGAAACGAAAACGCAGAUUCUAGUAGCACUGCUAAUAUUCUUGGGAAAACACAGUCUAGAUUGCUAAUAUGGACCAAAAAUAGUGCCUUUGAUGAAAAUGAACACUGUUCCAAUCUUUCAACGAGAACCUGUAGUCCAUGGUCACACUCGGAAGAAACACGUUCAGAUAAUGAGACUUUAAAUAUUCCAUAUGAAGAAUCCACGCAAUUUAAUGCAGAAGAUAUUAAUUAUGUAGUUCCUAGGGUGUCUUCAAGUUAUGUAGAUGAAGAAAUUCUAGAUUUUUUGCCAGAAGAAGCCUGCCAGCAACAAGCUAGAACUUUAGGAGAAAUGCCCACUUUGAUUUUCAAAACAAAAUCUAAACUAGAAUCUGUCUGUGGUAUUCAGCUAGAACAAAAAGCAGAAAGUAAAGACUAUGAAGCUACACAAGGGUGUAGUGAAAGCAGUCCACAUGGAGAAGGCUACAGCUCAGGGGUUAUUAAAGAUAUCUGGACAAAUAUGGCAGACAGAAAUUCUGCGGCAGUGGUAGAAAUAGAAGGAAUGGAAGAUGAUUUGUUUUCAACUGAUGUAAAUAACUAUUGCUGCUGUUUGGAUACAGAAGCAAAAGGUGAAACCCUCCAGGAGCCCAAUAAAGCAGUGCAAAGAUCAGAGUAUCAUCUCUGGGAAGGUCAAAAGGAGAAUUUAGAGAAGAGAGCCUUUGUUUCAAAUGAUUUAUCAAAAGUAGAUGGUGGUGACUACACUACACCAUCAAAACCUUGGGAUGUUAACCAGGAAAAAGAAAACUCGUUUAUUCUUGGUGGUGUGUAUGGGGAGCUCAAAACAUUUAACAGUGACAGAGAAUGGGCCGUGGUGCCACCCAGUCACUCAAAAGGGAGCUUAUUGCAGUGUGCAGCUUCUGAUGUAGUGACAAUAGCUGGCACAGAUGUCUUUAUGACUCCAGGUAACAGCUUUGCCCCUGGUCACAGGCAGUUAUGGAGGCCAUUUGUGUCAUUUGAACAGAAUGAGCAAUCCAAGAGUGGAGAUAACGGAUUAAAUAAAGGUUUUUCUUUUAUCUUCCAUGAAGACUUACUGGGAGCUUGCGGUAACUUUCAAGUAGAAGAACCAGGGCUUGAAUACUCAUUCUCUUCCUUUGACCUGAACAAUCCAUUUUCACAAGUUCUUCAUGUAGAGUGUUCAUUUGAGCCAGAAGGAAUUGCAUCUUUCAGCCCUAGUUUUAAACCCAAGUCAAUUCUGUGCUCUGAUUCAGACAGUGAGGUUUUGCACCCUAGAAUAUGUGGGGUUGAUCGAACGCAGUACAGGGCUAUACGGAUUUCUCCAAGGACUCACUUUCGCCCGAUUUCUGCAUCUGAACUUUCCCCAGGUGGUGGAAGUGAGUCAGAAUUUGAGUCAGAAAAAGAUGAGGGAAGUAUCGCUGUCCCUUCUCAAGUAGAUGUGUUUGAGGAUCCACAAGCAGAUCUCAAACCUCUGGAAGAAGAUGCAGAAAAAGAAGGGCAUUAUUAUGGAAAAUCAGAGCUUGAAUCUGGAAAAUUCCUUCCCAGAUUAAAAAAGUCGGGAAUGGAGAAGAGUGCGCAGACAUCAUUGGAUUCCCAGGAAGAGUCGGCUGGGAUGUUGCCAGUAGGAAGCCAAGAUCCGUGUUUAGAGUGUAGUAUGAAGGAAUCUCUGGAUGGGAGGGCGAUGGAGAGCUCCAAAGUAAACUGCAGAAUAGUGGAGCCACGGGAGGAAACGAACAAGUUCUGCGGUUGUAAAGCAGGGUGCCAUUUCCCUACGUAUGAGGAUACUCCUGUUUCUUCAGGAGAACUUGAACAGAGAAUGAGUGGCAGCCAGGAAAAACAAAGCUGGUGGGAAAAGGCACUCUAUUCUCCCCUCUUCCCCGCAUCCCAAUGUGAAGAGUGCUAUACAAAUGCCAAGGGAGAGAAUGGUGUAGGAGAAUUUGCAGAUGUAAAGGAAACACCCAGUGGUGAUGAACAUCUUUUAGAUUUUAAUAUGGUUUCUUCUGUUUAUGAAGCGAGAUGUGCAGAUGAUAUAAAUUCUGAGGCAAAACCAAAUGGCUUCAGGAAGAACAUCUACUCCAGUGAUAGCUCCAGCUCUGAAGACACAGCUUCAGAAGGUGGAAGUGAAUGGGCUGAUCCUUGUGAGGAGGAGCUUUUUUCUCGAACUCAACUAUAAGAACUGCAGAGUAGAACAGAUGAGUUAAAAGUAACAUGAGAUGGAAAACUAUCCUUCUUGAGGGUCUGUAGCUCUAAAACAACAACUUCGGUUUCCUCUUCAGUUAAUGGAUUCAGAUGUGUAUUUAUCUUUCUCUUCUUGCUUAUUUUAUAGAUGAGGACACAGCUGUCCUGUUGAAGAUUUUUUUUCCCCCCCCCAAACUGUUAAAUUCUUGGCUAUUUGAACUAGACUAGAUUGUGUUGUCAAAUCAAGAAUGGAUGUGCAUGUGCUUGUCUUAGUAGUAUCACUGCUUUUUUGCAUCUUAAUUGCAGUUAUUUUCAUUCGUAACUGUAGUCCUACCACUAUUACUAUCUUCUUAGCAUCGCAGUGUCUACAACUACUUCUGCUAUUCAGAGACUUUAGCUUUUGGCACAUUAGGCUUUGUUCGUUAAGAACUGGGAGAUAAAUACUUAACACUGUAAUCUAUCAGUGCCUUUCUGAAUGCAGGAGAAAAGCAUGAAUGACUUGUCCAGUCUUCAUUCAGUAAAUCUCAUAACUUUGAAGUAGGAACAACAGGGUUGUGCUUUAGAGACUUACAGAAACUGUGUUUUCUAUCCUAUGAUUCCCGCUUCCCCCUUUCUGCAAACCAACACUGAGGAUACCAUGGUUUGUAUUUUUGCUAACUGGAGAAGCCAAGGAUUUUUUUUCUGUAGGUAUGGAGGCAAUGU